AAACCCUAGUUGCUGGCAAACCAGAACUCUAAACCUCACAAAAUGGAAUGACUCUUCACUGUAAGUCUCUCGGCAAUCUGAGCUCCGGCAAUGGCACUAAUAGGAGUGGGUUCCUGAAAGAUGUUACUUCUCCUGCGCAAUAUCCACGGCAUUAGACGGAGGAAUUCUCGAAGAGUAAGCCACUUCUUAUCGAUUUCCUGCACUAAUCGAUCGCUUAGUGUCUUUAACAGGUUUCCAUCUCAUGGUCUCAUAAGAGUUUCCCCUUUACCGUCCACUGUGUUUAACUGGUUCACUAAUUUCCUGUAUGUGAUUCGAUUCCCUUUUACAACCGACGCCAAACCUGACAACUUCGGCGAAGAUUUGGACAGAGAAUCGAUUCGUAAGAUCUUUCGGGAAGAACAGUGGGACGAUGUUAAGGUCUUGAGGUUGUUUGGUUCAGUCUUAGCGCCAAUUAAAGUUUCCAGGUUAUUGGUAGAGCUAAAGGAAGACGCUCGACUAGCGCUGAAGUUCUUCAAUUGGGCUGGAAAACAAACGGGUUAUUGCCAUACAAGUGAAUCGUAUUGUAUUCUUGUACACAUAUUGUUUAGGGCCAAAAUGUACUUUAAUGCCCAAGAAGUUAUCAAAGCUCUGAUUUGUUCGAGGCAAGUUCCACCUGGGUCAGAUGUUUUUGACAUUUUGUGGUCGACUAAGAGUGUCUGCAAUUCAGGUUAUGGAGUCUUUGAUGCUCUGUUUGGUGUCUUGACGGAAUUGGGGUUGCUCGAAGAAGCCAGAAUGUGUUUUUCAAGGAUGAAAGGUUCCAAAUUAUUCCCAAAGUCGCGUUCUUGUAAUAAUCUCCUGCACAGGCUCUCUAAGUCGGGACAGGGAGACUUGUCAAGGAAGUUCUUUAGCGAAAUGCUUACAGCUAAAAUAGUCCCAUCGGUUUUUACUUACAAUAUAAUGAUAGAUUUGAUGUGCAAGGAUGGGGAUUUGAAAUCAGCAAGAGGCUUAUUCACUCAGAUGAAAGAGUUGGGUUUGACACCAGACAAUGUCACAUACAAUUCUCUCAUUGAUGGACAUGGAAAGGUCGGACUAUUGGAGGAAGCUGUGAAUUUGUUCGAGGAAAUGAAGGAAGUAGGUUGUGAUCCUGAUGUGAUUACAUACAAUGCUUUGAUCAAUUGCUUCUGUAAAGAUGGAAGGAUGCCUCAAGCAUUUGUUUAUCUCCAUGAGAUGAAAAUAAAUGGGCUUAAACCCAAUGUUGUAACUUUUAGUACAUUUAUUGAUGCCUUUUGCAAAGAAGGAAUGAUGCAAGAGGCGAUCAAGUUUUUCGUCGACAUGAGGUUGGUUGGCCUUACUCCCAAUGAGUUCACCUAUACUUCUCUGAUUGAUGCAAACUGUAAAGCAGGAAAUCUAGCCGAAGCCUUGGAAUUGCUUAAAGAGAUGUUGCAUGCAGGAAACAAAAUUAACAUUGUUACCUAUACUUCUUUAGUAGAUGGGCUCUGCAAACAGGGGAAGGUAGAAGAAGCAGAAGAAGUUUUCAAGGCAAUGGUAAAAGAUGGGGUGGUUCCUAACCAGCUAUUCUACACUGCCCUUGUUGAUGGUUACUUCAAAAAUAAAAAGGUGGAGAAGGCCUUGGAUUUGUUAAAAGAAAUGAGGAGACAAUCCAUUGAACCGGACUUACUACUCUAUGGGACUGUUAUAUGGGGCCUUUGCAACCAAGGCAAGGCUGAAGAAGCUAAGAUUUUAAUUGGAGAAAUGAGGGAAAGUGGCGUAAAGGCAAACCAUGUCAUAUACACGACGGUCAUGGAUGCUUAUUUCAAGGCUGGAAAUACAAUAGAGGCUUUCAAUUUGCUACAUGAAAUGCAAGAUUCUGGUUUUGUUCCCACUGUUGUAACUUACUGUGCAUUAAUAGAUGGAUUGUGCAAAGCUGGAUCAGUUCAGGAAGCAACCUAUCAUUUUGGUAGGAUGGUAGAGAUAGGUUUGCAACCAAAUAUUUUGGCUUAUACAGCCCUAAUUGAUGGUCUUUGUAAAAAUAAUUGCUUUGAAGAAGCCAAUAAGUUGUUUGAGGAAAUGUUGGAGAAGGGUUUGACCCUAGAUAAAAUUGCUUACACAUCUCUGAUGGAUGGGAACUUGAAGCUUGGGAGGCUUGAUGAGGCAUUUGAUUUGAAGAACAGAAUGGUUGAUUAUGGUAUUGAACUUGAUUUGCAUUCUUACACGUCGUUGAUCUUGGGGCUAGCACGAUGUGGUGAACUUGAAAAAGCUAUGUGUGAGCUUGAUGAGAUGAUUGGGAAAGGUGUUGUUCCUGAUGAAGUUGUUUAUAGUUGUCUGAUAAGGAAGUAUCAGGAGAUGGGGAAAAUAGAUGAAGCAACUGAAUUGCAAAAUGAGAUGGCAAGAAGGGGUCUAAUCAAGAAAGAUGGUGAUUCUUCUGUACCAAAUGAACAAACCUAGGGUCUAUGCGUGUCCAUCACCGCUUUGUUGUUAUUAAUGAAUUCAGUGUGCCAAGAGCACAGUAACAUUUCACUUUCCAGAAGUACCCAAGCAAUGAGCAUAGAGGACAACAUGUCUGUGUUAUUGGCAAUCACUAGUGGAAAGAAUGAUAUUCAAUGCUGGUUUGCGGCUCCAACCUAUCCCUCGAUUCCCUUCUCAUUGGAACUGAAAAUGCCAGACUCCAUUCAAGCAUCUGCCACACAGAUUGAUGGGUUCCAUAGUGGCUGACAUAUGUGCAUUCAAUAUUCUUCUUCAUGCGGGAGUAAAACGAAAGGCCUCUGAUUUGUGCUUUGUGAAUUUGCAGAAGCUUUCCUUACAUGCAGCAAAGGUGAUUGAUUUCUCUAUCUGGUUCAUAUGGUUAUAGCCAUUCAAAAUAGAUAUGGAAUAAUAUUGGCUUAAAUGAAUGAGGUGUCUUUUGAUUUUGUAAUAAGCGAACAUGGGAAGAAGUUUGAGAAACAGGAAUCAGGUCAGACAUUUAUUAUAGCAAGCAUGCAGAUUGCAGACAUUGUGGAACACACCAAAAUGAUACAAUUUAACAUUUGUGAAUGGGCAGUAGUUAUGUGGAAGCUCUUUUUACUGGUGAGAAAUAGAUGGAAAAAGGAGUGAAUUUUAUAUUGGUUCAAUGAUUUUGUGUCCUAAAGAACCAUGGUGACAUUUUUGGAUUGUCGUAACUUAGAUUAUUAAUCGCACAAGGGAAAAGACCCUAACAGUACCAUAACAAGAUUGCAGAACAUAUUGUGAUCUUGAAAGCCUCUUACAAAAAACUCUGUAAUUAUAAAGAAUUUUGGAGAAAUGAAGCCAGUGUCUUACAUUGUGAUCUAUUGGAUGUCCUUGGAAAUCAUAAAUAUAUAUUACAGUUUUCAGAAAAUAAAGCAUUUAUGUUUGGAAGUA